CUGCAGCAAGGAGGACGUGGCAUACAGACAUGUGCAGCACUGGGCACAUGCACAAAUACCCACCAUAAUGUGGCCAGGAGUCUGCUCAGCUCUUCAGCAAUGGUUAGCUCAGUGGUGAAGUGCUUUGCUUACUUGUGUGAUGGUCAAGCUCUCCAGCCAGCAGUGGUGGCCCAACAACAGACAGCAGGAAGGCAGCCAGAAUCCCCCAGGAAAGCAGAAGGAGUUACUGGUGUGAACUGAGAGGAUAUGCAUAGCUACAGCAGUACCCUACGUGUUGGGUUGUCACCUUUUAUAUUAAGCAACAGAGACCAGCCAUCUUCCUGUUUUGCUUGUCAAACUUGGCACAACGGCAGGUUGGUGCCGCAGGGAGUUUUGUCAGCCUAAGCACCUCUGGCUCACACCUCUUUGCUGCAAAGGCUCAGACCACAGAAGAAAUUAAAGCUGAGCCACAGGCCUCUGCAAAGAUUUGCAAUAACAAGCCCAGAAGAUCGCUUUGCUGCUAUAAACUCCCAUCAGAAAUGCAAACUACAUCCUCCAGGCCUGCAAUGGAGUUUAAACCCAGGACCUCCAGUGUCUUCUAAACACGGGAUACAGUGCUGGGAGAACAGCAAAAAUCAUCACUCUAAUGCCACUCUGUGUGAUGGGCUGGGAAGAUAAGGCAGAUUACCCUGGAUGAGAGUAUGCAGGGCAACCAUCGAUGAAGUGGAAACAGAUGUGGUGGAGAUAGAAGCAAAGCUUGACAAGCUGGUGAAGCUAUGCAGUGGGAUGAUUGAAGCAGGCAAAGCCUACAUCACCACAAACAAGCACUUUGUCAGCGGAGUCAGGGACUUGUCACAACAGUGCAAGAAAGAUGAAAUGAUUUCGGAGUGCCUGGACAAAUUUGGGGACAGCCUGCAGGAAAUGAUCAACUAUCACAUGAUCCUGUUUGACCAGGCUCAGAGGUCUGUUCGGCAGCAGCUGCAUAACUUUGUGAAAGAUGACGUCCGGAAGUUCAAGGAAACCAAGAAACAGUUUGACAAGGUGAGAGAAGACAUGGAGAUUUCACUGGUGAAGAACGCCCAGGCGCCUCGGCACAAACCCCAUGAAGUAGAGGAGGCAACAGGAACCCUGACCAUAACCAGAAAGUGUUUUCGGCAUCUGGCCCUUGACUACGUGUUGCAGAUCAACGUCCUGCAGGCCAAGAAGAAGUUUGAAAUACUGGAUGCGAUGCUGUCCUUUAUGCAUGCCCAGUACACCUUCUUCCAGCAGGGCUACAGUCUUCUCCAUGAGCUGGACCCCUAUAUGAAGAAGCUUGCCACAGAGCUGGAUCAGCUGGUGAUUGAUUCUGCAGUGGAGAAGAGAGAGAUGGAGCAUAAGCAUGCGAUGAUACAGCAAAGGACCCUCUUGCAGGACUUCUCCUAUGAUGACUCAAAGGUGGAGUUUAAUGUUGAUGCCCCAAAUGGAGUGGUGAUGGAAGGCUACCUCUUCAAGAGAGCCAGCAAUGCUUUCAAAACGUGGAACCGGAGGUGGUUCUCCAUACAGAACAGCCAGCUGGUGUACCAGAAAAAACUAAAGGAUGUCCUCACGGUGGUGGUGGAAGACCUGCGGCUCUGUACUGUCAAGCCAUGUGAAGACAUAGAGAGGAGGUUCUGCUUUGAGGUUGUCUCCCCUACCAAGAGCUGCAUGUUACAGGCUGACUCAGAGAAGCUGCGUCAGGCUUGGAUUCAGGCUGUUCAAGCCAGCAUCGCUUCUGCGUACCGGGAAAGUCCUGACAGCUACUAUAUUGAAAGAUUGGACCGAACUGCUUCCCCUUCCACGAGCAGCAUUGAUUCUGCUACCGACUCACGGGACCGCAAUGUGAAAGGGGAGUCCAUCUUGCAAAGAGUGCAGAGCAUCCCUGGGAAUGACCAGUGCUGUGACUGUGGUCAGCCAGAUCCCCGAUGGGCCAGCAUCAACCUGGGCAUUCUGCUAUGCAUUGAGUGCUCUGGUAUCCACAGGAGUCUGGGUGUCCACUGCUCCAAAGUCCGAUCUCUCACACUGGAUUCCUGGGAGCCAGAGCUACUGAAGCUGAUGUGCGAGCUGGGGAACAGCACCAUGAAUCAGAUCUAUGAGGCGCAGUGUGAAGAACUUGGACUUAAGAAACCAACAGCAGGGAGCUCCAGGCAGGACAAGGAAGCCUGGAUCAAGGUGAAAUACGUGGAGAAGAAAUUCCUGAAGAAGUUACCAAGUGGGGAAGCUUUAGCAGAGAACGAGAGGAAACCUCGACGCUGGUGUGUGAAGAAAUGCCAGAGGAACAACAGCACCACAAAAGCACCCACAGCUCGGAGGAAGUACCGCCACGAAGCAGGCAAUGCAUCACCAGCCAUGUUGUCAUCAGCAGCCACGCUGGAGAGGAAGUUCCGUCGAGAUUCCCUCUUUUGCCCUGAUGAACUAGAUUCUCUCUUCUCCUACUUUGACACUGGUGCUGGCUCUGGCCCACGCAGUGCCAGCCACAUCUCUGUGCAGCAUCCGCUAACAGGUGGCCCAUGGAGUGGCAGUGGCAUUGGUCCCGGUGGGAGCGGUAUGCCGUUCCUCCUGGACGGAGGCCCUGCAGGUCUGAGCAGCGACAGCGGACUUGGAGGAAGCACAGAUGGCAGCACUGAUAUCCUGGUGUUUGGCUCUGUGGUGGACAGCGUGACAGAGGAAGAGUGUGAGGUGUCAGAGGAGUCAAGUGGAGAAGCAGAGAUUGAACAGGAGGCAUCAGAUCUGGAGGACCUGAGGGAGCUGCAUCCUGGCUUAUUGAUCUACAAAGCAGCACAGGCCCGAAACCUGCCGCUUAUGGCAGAAGCCCUGGCACACGGUGCUGAGGUCAACUGGGUGAAUGAUGAAGAUGAAAACAAAACUCCUCUGGUUCAAGCCGUGAUGGGGGGCUCCUUGAUAGCCUGUGAAUUCCUGCUGCAGAACGGGGCAGACGUUAACCAAAAAGAUAGCAGAGGCCGGGCUCCCUUGCAUCAUGCCACGUAUAUGGGACAUACUGGUCAGGUCUGUUUGUUCCUCAAGCGAGGGGCGAACCAACAUGCAGUGGACAGUGACGGGCAGGACCCGCUCAGUAUUGCAGUCCAGGCAGCCAAUGCAGACAUCGUUACCUUGCUGCGUCUGGCUCGAAUGAAUGAGGAAAUGCGAGAAGCAGAGGGUCCCUUUGGACAGCCAGGUCAAUAUCCCAGCAACAGCCCCACUGAGCUCCAGUACAAGAAGUGUAUACAGGAGUUCAUCAGCCUUACUAUGAGGAGGGAGUGUUAGUGAACACGUCCCUCACGCGUGGCGCCCUUUGCUGUCUUGAAGUGGGGGCUGGAUUUCUGGAAGCCCCAAGAGCCCCAUCCUUGGUAUAUUGGUGUUUCUUGCAGAUUGGUCUGUUUUUGAUGCCCGAGCGUAUGGGUUGAAAUGCACGCAGGAAGGAAUGGGGUCUUUCUUCUUAGUGUGAAGUUCUCAUACUUGACUACUGGAUGGUUGAUUUUUGUGUAGGAGACCCUUGGGGGCAAAACCACAGACCAUGACGUGUGGAUUUGAGUGUGUGAAAAGUAUGGGAGAUGAGUUUAGCAUUAAAUAAACAAACACAAAACAAAACAAAAAAAAAAGGAAAGAAGAAAAGGAAACCCUCUAUCACCAGGAGAAGCCCAGCAACAAUACGAUCAGACGAAGCUGUCGUGUCUCUCCUUCAGUGCAGUCACCGUGCACUGAAUUCCUGUCUGAACUAUUUGUUUGGAAGGGGUUCUGAUGGGGAGGCCCAGCAGCCUGCUUUCUCCUGGGAGUCUGCAGCAUCUGCUGGGGACCAGUUUAGAAUACUCAGAUGUGACCUCCACGUUGGGAACGUGCUGUUUCUUGGGGUAGAUACUUCGCUCCAGAAGGCAAAACAGAAGGGGUAGAAUUGAGAGCGAUGGCUGCCCACCUUACUUGCUCUCAGGACUAUUACUAGCCACGCUCCCCUUUCUUUGGCCUUGGUGGUUAGCUGGUCAAAGCCAUAGCUCACCUGCUUUCUGGACCAAGAUGCAGUCUGCGCAGUGGUAUGGAAGCAGCGAUGCUAAUCUUUUGAGGCUGGGAGAAGCUUGUCGCUGGCGAUGGGCUUUUUCUGUCAGGGAAGAAAAGCCAAGUCCAACUCCCAGUGCCAAAACGGCUGCCUGCACGAUGCCAUUUGGUUUGGUUUGUUUCCUAGUCACCGGAUUUCUGACUUUGCAUCUCUGUGAAGGAGACUUCUACCUGCAUGUGUAUCCCUCUGUGCUCACCCAGCAUGCUGAAGCAUGUGAGUAGGGCAUCUCAGCAGCUGGCCCAGCUGGACUCCUGAGUUUCCCAAUUCCAGUGGCCAGCACGAUCUUCUUUGUGAUUUCUUUCCUUUCUGGUGUUAUUCUUUGCUGGAGUGGGAAUGUGUUUUGACUCGGAGCACUUUGUUGCUAAUGUUUCUGGUCUGUGUUCUGGGAAUCAUGCUGCAUUAGCUGUGCAGAGGUGCUGUUUCAAGUGGACAUACAGAACACGUGUACCACUAGCAGACUGUCCUCUGGCUGGGAAUUUGGAUGCCAAGAGCCACUUCAACAUGCCCUCAAACUGCUGUAGACAUCAGUGUGUUUCAGGACUUGUGGGUUACAACCCACAGUUGAUAUUUAACCUGCCUGGGCACCUAGGCUGCUAGGUGUUGGGCCACAGUGCCUUACAGAUAGUGCUGGGAUCCUGAGGGGGGUCAGGAUCUCAUGAGGAACGCAGAAUACCAGGCAGAGUUCCCCAUCCUCCUGCAUUACAUCCGCAGUGAUACACAAUCGCUCUAUCUUUCAUCUGAUACCUUUGACUUCUUUCCUUCCUUUACAAGCUGGCUGCUCUCUUGCUGCAGCCCUUGGUGGGUUCAGUCCUUCCAGGUUUAUUUCUAGGGGCACAGGUCUGUCCUCAGGAGAACAACCAGCUCUUCAUUGAGACAGCACCCUCAGGGACUGAACCAGCUGCACUUCGCCUCCACCCAUUUGUCUGAAGGUGGAAAAAUCAAGAAGCUCAGGCUCUGGUAGUUGUCUUCUCAGUUCAAGGGUGAGUCCCUGCUUCCUUAGGAAAGUGUUAAUCCACAUUCUGCUUCAGACAGAGCAGUUUUCUGUAUGUGAUCUGUGGCUUGAAAUUCAUCUUUCUCUUGGGUCUUUUUCAUUCCUGUUCCCUUUAGAGCUGGGAGAUGCCCAGUGCCACAGCCCCAGCUGUGCUACGAACCUGAAACAGCCCUAGUGAACACACUGAGCCUGCUGCAGAAUGGUGGCAAGGGGGAACCUGGCCCCACGGCCUCCCUUCCUUCCCUAUAUAAUGAGCUUUGCCCCAUCUGCUUCCAUCACUCCAGCUGCUCUGAGUGCUUUGUACUCAGCCCACUGCUGCUGGAUUUGGUCCCCAUCAGACACCCUCCUUGUGAGCUGAGCCUGCUUGGUUUGCAGCCAGCCCUUCAGCAGGACUGUGCCCCAUCAGCACCUCAAUGCUCAGAGCAGGACAGGAACCAGCACUCAGUCAAAAACUGCUUUUGCUGAUGGAGUUAGGAACCGAGAGACCUCAAAUUAACUCUCUUCAAUCCCAUCUUAUGCUGAUGUGCAUCAGUUGAGUUGUCAGAGCUGAUGUGGUUGAGCUCUUUUCUUGAAGGAGAAGACCAUGCUGCCAUCUUUCAGGGUACUUCAGAGAUGCUAAAAGCAGAAUCCACCUUUCAGCACCACAAUCCUGCUCUGUAAAUGGAUUCCAGCACAGUUAUCAUCUAGCAACGUUUUUCACCCACACGACGACUUAAAACCAACCCCAAUUGGUUUUCCAGCUCUUGAUUAGAAGUUAGGGCCGACCUUUCUGUGAGCCAACAAGGAACUGGAGAUGUGGCUUCCAUUUCUUUGGGUCAUUUUAUUUCACAGUCAGCAUUAGGUGACUCAUAAGAACAACACAAAUAAUCAUGUACAGGUAGGUCCAAUGAAGCUCAGACUCACUGCUGAACUACAUGAAGUUGAAGCAUAUUGUAAAUACCGAUGCAAAAAGCAGUGUCUUGCAAGACAAUUUAUUUAACAUGUAUUGGUACUUUAUUUAGAUUCAAUGUAUAAAGCGACUUUGUGCACUUUUCCUACAUACAGUAUUGGGGGGGGGGAGGGAGAGGGGUUGAUUUAUGUUCUUUUGUUAUGGGUUUUGUGCUGUCUUUUUAUUUUUUAAUCAGUGAAAUUGUUAAGUAUUUAAUUUAUUAUUGCUGUGCCCAGAGGACUAGUGCAAUUUUGAUUCAAUACAGGUUGGCUGUAUUUAACGUCAGGAUCUUUUUUUUUUUGUAGCAGUGUUAGGGAAUAUGUUUCAAAACCUGCCUUUUUUUCCCCCUACCGUUUUCCUUUCCCCCCCUUCCCUUUCUAUUUUCAUUAUACAGAUGGCGAGGCACGAAACGCCUUUAGUUUGUAAUAUAACCAAACACUUCAGUGCAUCCUGUGGUUUCUAAAACAAAAACAAAGGUUCUCCAGGAAAAUCAUGUUAAGGAGGCACUUCUCAAUGUUUACUGUGUUCAUUUGCUUUCUUGGAUUGGGGUUUGUAUGUAUGUGUGUGCCUGGAUGCGUGGAGUGGGGAUGUAGUACAAAACAGGUUUGUUUUCAGCAAGAUAAAUGGCCAGCCAGGCUUGACGUGACCUCGUUUCAUUUAGAUCCAAGUCCAGCUCUGUUUGUGUUGUACAAUCAUAUUUGAAGUAUUUAAUGCCAAAACUUCUUAUUGUUUUUCCUUUAAUCUCAAAGAGUGCGUUCAGUAUCUCUAUGACAUUGAUUUGCAACCACACUUAACAUGAGAAGCUUUGCCUUUGUCUAGAAAGCAACAUGCCAGGCGUUCUCCAAACACAAAUGGACCAGAACCUUCAGAUUCUGUCAUCUCCUGUGUUUGCAUUAACAUUGAUACACCUGUACCAGCUUCUGAGUCGACCCGAACCCUUUAAACAGGUGCCUGGAAGCAAAGAUUAAGGUUUCAGUUUUCACAUGGGACAGCUUCAAGUUGCUGGCGAGUUGAAAUGAUCCCCUUUGUGAUCCCAUGUGUCAUCUGGGGCUGCCUCAGGUGUUCUUUGAUAUCUCUGUAAUAUGCAGUUCCUCAGUCUCAAGGCUAAAGAUGGAACUGGAAAAACUAAUGUUCUUAAAGGGGCAAAAAUGAUUUGCUGUCGGCAUAAAACAGAUCAGUAACAUCUCAGAAUAGCCCAAGGGGCUGCUAUUAUGCAAAAGUACAACGUGACCUCCUAAAUUAAAUGCACUGAUAUGUGGUUGUACAGUGGCUUAAUGCAGCUGCUGGGCUGCCUUUGUCCCACCUCUGGCACUCACUGCCCGAGCAUUAUUGCUUUCAACCAAAGACAAAACCAGAAUGAACGGCUUCAAUGUGACGCUUCAACCAUAGGUUUGCUGAUGACAAACAUUGUAUGUGUGUGUGUAUGAGAGAGAGAGAGCAUUUGGUGCUGUUAUAUGGAGGAGAGGUGGGGAAGGAGGGAUGGAGCAGGAGGAAAAGGAGAGUGGGAGUGUGUGAGAAUGCCUUGGGUUGGUUUUUCCUUUGAGAAUCCCCAAAUAUAGAGUGCUGUUUCCAUAGGGAUACGAUUCAUAUCGCAGCUUCCUCUGCCUUGGAGGGAAGUCGGGCUGGGAUGCAGCUUCUGGGAGCUGCACACCUGAUAUUAGUGGGAUGACAGGAGGGUUAUGGGGAGCAAGAGGGGGGUGGGAGCACAUUGAGUGUGGAUUCCCCAUCCUGGAUGAAAGCAGCCCUGGCUGUGGCUGAGCUCAUCCAGCCUCUUAGUGCCCAAAGCUCCUUCUAAGCUUCACUCCAGGGCUGGCACUUGCUGUAAAUACUUCUCACCUAUUAACCCCUCACUUGCCUGCUGCCACUACCACUUUGGACCACGUUUUUUAAUCCCCCCCCCCACACCCUCUUUCUCUACACAGCCUGUUCCGACUGUAACUAUGGAACCAGAUAUUCUGUAUGUUAUUAUCUUUGUACCAUUUUAAAGCUGUUGCUGUGCUGUCUGCCUUUUUCCCCCCCCAUAACCCCGCUCCUUUCUCUUCUAUUGUCUCUUGAAACACUGUUAAUAAAAACCUAGAUGAACCCCU